AGUACGAUAUUGUACAAUAUCGUUAUAGUAUUCUUCGCCCCACCCUUGUUUUUCGUAUAGCAAUGCUGCACACCUUGAUUUCGUGUAUUACGUACCUUUUCACCUUACGGAUAUGAGAUAGGUCAUAUCACAACAGUGAAAAUGAGCUCACAAGAUACAACUGACCAUGUGUCAACAGUUAAUUCACCUAACAUAUCUUCAAGAACAAAAAAUUGGGUCCAAUUUGAAGAUGAAGCACCUGUUAAAGAUAAUAACAGUUUAGAAGAGAAAACUAAAACAAAUGCACCAGCUGUAAUAAAGCCAGAAUCAGUAACAGUAAACGUUGAGAAAAUUGGAAAAUCUGUUGAUAAUUCAGAUAAUCAACAAUCAAAAAAUCAUGAAUAUAGAGGUGCUGUGAUAUCAACUGAAUCCGUCCAAAUUAAUUUAGAUAGGUCAGGUUUAAGUCGUUCUAUUACAUCUGAAAGUCCAGAUCUGAAUUUACCAUCUGAUGUAAGAGUUUCUGAUCCUAAGAGUGCUUCUCUGAAGACCAUUGAUCUCCGAGAUGUAUCUAAUGGCAGAAGUACUACUAAUAAUAUUAUAAGUACACCUAUUGGGAACAUUAGACAAGGUUUUGCUAAUGGGGAUACUAUAGUUACUCUUCUACCAGUUAAUACUAGAUGGCCAUGGAUUACUCCAGCUAAAUUUCGUCCAGAAUUAGUACCAGAAGAAUUAAUGGCUCAAGGUUUAACGCUUACAGUAGAAGAUUACGUACAUAUAAUGGAGUUGCUUGUGAAUGAUGUACGUUUCAAUAUGUACAAUGUGUGCUACAAGAGAAUUCUUGUGCUUUGGAUAUUUACUGCAUUUAUUGUAUUACUUGGCUUAUUGUUUUCUGGAGUAACUGGUCUUACUUUAUUUGGGCUUGGCGUCAUGUGGCUAGUCCUCAAUGCUGCUGCAAUAUUUUUUUGCAUGUUCAUCAAGAUAAAAUUAAACCACAAUCUUGAGAAAUGUAUGGGUCAAGUGAACAAACAUUUACUUCGACAUAAAAUAUUGCUUGGAUUGGAUGAUAGAGGAAAAAUUUCAUGUCACAAAGUCAAUCUUUGCUUUAUAUACUUUGAUACUACAGAUUGCAUCAAAAAAUUACAAGAAGUUAUAGAACGUGAAGAACGCGAAGGAAGAGUAAUUGGCGAAGAUGGAAAUUCCGAAAUGCGACGAAAAAGAGAAUUGCAACAGCGAAUGGAUAUAGAUAACAGUGAUAUUGUAAUACAAGGCAAUACAACCACCAGAAUUUCUCGCAAGCAGGAACGGGCGGAGUUGCUGUUGCUGAGGUAUGCAUCUCGAUGGGCACAUCACUUUGUGCGCCGCAGACUUGAUCUGGUUAUAGACUCACAGGAACGUAAUAGAGACAUCGCGGGUUUAUCUGUUCCACCACGACAUUGUGUCUCCGCCCGUUGUCCUUGUCAAUUUAUUGAGGACCAUCUUAAGUACAAGCCUAGAGAUAUUUAUAUUAUAUUCUUGUCUAAUCUGGCAAUACGUUAAAAAUAUGCUAAUUUAUAUAAUCAGAAUUCAUAUAUUUUAUAUAUGAUAUCAAAUUUUCUAAGCUCAUUUGUUUCAUUUUGCUUUAUUUUUAAUUAAUCCAAAUAACAUUCACCAUUUUACAAAAUACAGUGACACAUUAUGUUAAGCACAAAAAAGUGAUAAAAGAGAUAGAUUGUUAACACUUAAAAAAAGGAAAGCUAUAACCAUUCCAUUAUUGUUACAUUAUUCUCUACAAAUCAAAUUAUUUUAAAAUUCUAAAGACAUUUAACAUGCUUUUAUAAUUAUAAUGGAUUUUAUAGAGAAAUUAUAUAUAUAUAUAUAUAUUAUAUAUGUGAUGCUAUAUAAUUUUCCCAUAGCAAUAUUGGGAAGCUUGUACUACAUAAAUUAUAUGUGAUUAAGAGGAAUUUGAAUAUCAUAAAACUGAAUAUUAUUUGACUUGUAAAAAAAAAGUUCCAGUAUUCAUUUAAGUUAACACAAUUUAUUCAAUUGUAGAAAUGAUAUUAAAGCAGCUUAAAGCAAUUUGUCAUAAUUGCGAAUAAUUGAUUAUUAUAAAUGUUGUAAAAAAAAUACAACAAUGAACUUAUAUAUCUCUGAAUUCCGUCCUAAUUGAACAUAUCGACGCAUUAUGUAAAAAAUAUAAUUAAUAUAUUGUAUACUUUUAUAUUCUGUUUAAAAAAUACUUAAUACCUAUAAAUGAAUAGAGUUGUUCUACUUUUAUAUAAAACAAAUGUAAAGCACUUUUAUAUAUAUAUUAUUGUUACAGAUGUUAUAAAUAAAAAUAAACACAUAAUAUAUAUGUUUUUUUUGGUGGAGGUACAGUUGUAAAAAACCUUUUCAUGAAAGUAAAUUGACUACUUUGUGUAAGUUGUUUGUCUAGCCUUCAAUAUCUAGAUAUACCUUAUGUGUAUAAAUAUUUUCCUAAAACAUAGGUAUUUGUCACUAAUCACUGACUAAUCCAGGGAUGUUACUUGCAUGCAG